AUUACAAGAAGGUUAGGUUAUCAAACAUACCAAAUAACAAACAAAACUAUCAACCUAUUACCUAUUUUUGAAUGGAACAACAAGAACAAAAACAACAUAAUAUAUAUGUUGUAUUGUAUAUAUUAGAAUUAGAUAAUUAAUUAAUAUUAAUUAAUAAAGAUGAGAGGCUCAAUAAAGAUGUGUGUGUUAGUGAUGAUUGGAGCUGCAAUCAUCUUUUAUCAGUCACAUUUAUCAAAUACUUUAGUUGUACGAAUUGAGACAAAUCAAGAACUACCAAAUGCAAAAGAAGAAAUGUUUGUUGAUGGCAAUGGAAUAGGAGUAGCAGCAGUAGGUGCAGGGAACUCAGGAGCAGUAGGAAUAUUAAAUAUAAACAGUAACAGUCAUAGUCAGUUAGCACUACCACCCUUGUACAUAAUUACACCAACAUACUAUCGUGCUGAACAGUUACCAGAGUUGACUCGGCUGUCACACACUUUAAUGUUGGUACCAAAUGUGCACUGGUUGGUGAUUGAAGAUGCGCAUACCAAGUCACCGCUGGUCGGUGAAUUGUUGGAGCGAACCAGUUUAAAGUUUUCACAUUUGGUGGCACCUAUGCCAGACAAAUAUAAAAAGCGUAAAGUGAAACCUCGUGGUGUUUCAAAUCGUAAUCGUGGCUUACAAUGGAUCCGGGAACAUGCUACUAACGGUGUUUUUUAUUUUGCUGAUGAUGAUAACACAUAUGAUUUACGAUUAUUUGAACAGAUGCGUUUUACUAAAAAAGUAUCGAUGUGGCCAGUUGGAUUAAUCACCAAGUUAGGUGUGAGCUCACCAAUAGUACGUAAUGGUACAUUUGAUGGGUUUUAUGAUGGCUGGAUUGCUGGUAGAAAGUUUCCUGUCGAUAUGGCUGGUUUUGCAGUAUCAGUUAAGUUCCUGUUAGAACGGCCCAAUGCAACGAUGCCCUUCAAACCUGGAUUUGAAGAAGAUGGUUUUUUACGUAGUUUAGCACCAUUUGAACCAAAGGAUAUUGAAUUGUUAGCAUCAAAUUGUACAAAGGUGUUAGUGUGGCAUACACAAACCAAAAAAAAUGAACGGUCUCAACCAUUAGACAUGGUGAAGUAUGGUACAACAAACUUAGUUGAUUUAAAAAAAGUGAUCUUUUAGCUAUACAUUAACAAUAUUAAAUUAUUUAUGUUAAUAUUCAAUCAUCAACAUUAUCAUUAUCAACAUAAUCAUAAUCAUAAUCAUUACAAUAACACCCCCACCACUAACUGCACUCAAAUUGAUAAUAUUUUAACUGUUAAGGCUCAACAAACGAUUAUUUUAAAAGUAAUUAAGUUUUAAGAUUAUAUCAUAGAGAGAAACAAAAAAUGUAAGUGAUAAAGUAGACAUGUAUAGCUAUCUUUGUCUCUUGUAUACACCUACCAUUUCUGUCUCUUUCUACUUCUCUCACUGCGAUCAAGAAUUCACUUAUUCUGUUGCCUAUCUCUAUAUAGUUCUAUGGGCUGUAGUUAAUUUUACCACCAUCUAGCACUAGCACUAGCAGACUGACCGUUUAAAGGUAAGCAUUGUCUAGCUUUUUACGAUUUGACGCUGCUGAAGUUCUUUUUUAUUCACCCAGGUGGUAGCACGACCUAAACUGACUACGUAAGCUGAUUUGACGCUCAAACUCACGACUUUAAAGAGUUCGCUACGUCACUGUACACUACAACUACACUAAACUAUAAAGACGCUUUAAGUGAGAUGGCUAUAUAAUAAUACUAAUACUAAUAUAUAAACACGCAUGUCACUCAUCUGUCAGUAACAUUGUUCCAUGGUUCCAUGUUCAUAAUGAACAACACGAUAUCAUGUAUCAUGUAUCAUGUAUCGUUUGCAUCCCUAGUCUUACUCAUGGAACUGAUGUAAGACGAAGAAACGAAACACUAAAAAUGGUUAAAGUUCGAAAAAGUCGAAUUUGAAUGCGGCUUUCGACAUUCGAUUCGUUAGAACGUCAGAAAAUUUUGUGACCUUAAAUUGAUUUAUAAUUCACAAUUCGGUUAAUAGUGACAAAAAUGAUUUCAAACUUGUUACACGGGGGUUUUUGGGAACACAAAUAUCAUGACAGAAUUGAUCUCAGAUGUACCUGGUACACAGGUUGAACGAUAUCCUCGCCGAAUAUCGCAUUGAAAUCCGACUUACUGCUCAAAUUUUUCGAGCUUCAUUGAAUCGUUUCUUCGUCUAUUAAGUAAUUUUUAAAAUCGAAUUCGUUGUUCGUCUC